GGCCCUGUUGUCACCCGCCCGCCUCCCUGCCUGCUUGCUUACAAACCUCCCAGUGCAGGCAGGCCUCGGCAGCCCCCCUCUGGUCCUGGCCUCCCUCCUACCCCACCCCCGGGGGCUGGCAUCCCCAUUCUGGCCCUGGCUCCCGAGGCUGUGCCCUUCAUCCCUGCAGGGCUGGCGAGGGCCGGGCUGGGCACAGCUCCUUCCUCAUUUUGCUGCCGAUCCCAGCCCCAAGUGGGAAACAGCUUGGGCCUUCUGCUGCAGCUCCAGCUCGCUCGGCUCUUGCUGCCGCGGUAGCCUCCUGAACUGUACAGCCGGCGCCACCGGCUGGGCCAGCCGGGGAAGCCUGGCCCGGGGCUCCUGGCUCCUGGCCCUGGGGCGGCCCUGCUUGCAGCUGCAGAGCCAGCGUCAUCUUUGCCGCCUGCUGAAGCCCCAAGAUGCUGCCCCAGCUGCAGUUCCGAGAUGCCUUUUGGUGCAGAGACUUCACGGCACACACGGGCUACGAGGUGCUGCUGCAGCGGCUGCUGGACGGAAGGAAGAUGUGCAAAGAUGUGGAGGAGCUGCUCAGACAGAGGGCCCAGGCGGAAGAGCGUUAUGGAAAGGAGCUGGUGCAGAUAGCGCGCAAGGCAGGAGGCCAGACGGAAAUCAACACCCUGAGGACUUCCUUCGACUCCCUGAAGCAGCAGAUGGAGAAUGUGGGCAGCGCACACAUCCAGCUGGCACUGGCCCUGCGCGAGGAACUGCGCAGCCUCGAGGAGUUCCGGGAGCGACAGAAAGAACAGAGGAAGAAGUAUGAGGCUGUCAUGGACCGCGUGCAGAAGAGCAAGCUGCUGUUCUACAAAAAGGCCAUGGAGUCCAAGAAGACCUAUGAGCAGAAGUGCCGGGACGCUGACGACGCUGAGCAGGCCUUUGAGCGCAUCAGCGCCAAUGGCCACCAGAAGCAGGUGGAGAAGAGCCAGAACAAAGCCAGGCAGUGCAAGGAUGCAGCCACGGAGGCAGAGCGCCUGUACCGGCAGAACAUUGAGCAGCUAGAGAAGGUGCGGAGCGAGUGGGAGCAGGAGCACAGGACCACCUGCGAGGCCUUCCAGCUGCAGGAGGCUGACCGGCUGACCAUCCUACGCAAUGCCUUGUGGGUACAUUGCAACCAGCUCUCCAUGCAGUGUGUGAAGGACGAUGAGCUCUACGAAGAGGUGCGGCUGGCGCUGGAGAGCUGCAGUGUAGAUGCCGACAUCGAGGGCUUCAUCCAGGCCAAGAGCACGGGCACUGAGCCCCCGGCUCCGGUGUCCUACCAGAACUACUACGACCGGGAGGUCUCCACGGCAGCUGGGAGCCCUGGAGUGCUUCCAUCCUGUGGCAUGAUUAAGAGGUUCUCUGGGCUGCUCCACGGAAGUCCCAAGGCCACGUCGUCAGCAGCUCCCACAGAGGUCCUGAUGGCCACCCCUGAGGGGAAGGAGGGGGUCUACGCGGCCAUCGACGUGCAGGAGUCGCCAGGAAAUGCCAUCUCGCCAGUCUGGGACUACCGGGCACUCUACGACUACACGGCACAGAACUCAGAAGAGCUGGAUAUCUCAGCAGGGGAUGUGUUGACGGUCAUCCUGGAGGGCGAGGACGGCUGGUGGACAGUGGAACGGAAUGGGCAGCGAGGCUUCGUGCCUGGGUCCUACCUGGAGAAGCUCUGAGGAAGGGGCUGCAGCCCCCACCCAUUGGGAUCUGCCCUUCUCGGGGGGGCCAAUGGGAGCCCAGAACGGCAAAUGGUGCCAGCUGCUGCCUGAGGAGUCUCCUUUUGGGGGGAAUAAAGGCGUGUACCC